AUGGCCCCGGUUAUACCGUCGCUGGCUAUUCCUUUGUUUUUAUUGCCAUUUUGCGGAGCAGUUUUUAGGGGACCUCUACAGCCAGAAAUAUCAAACGGCACCUUUCACCACUUUUUCGUCCCAGAUGGUGACUACGACGAAACCGAGGACCCAGAGAAGUGCCAAAUGCUCUUCAAAUGGUUCGACCGCAGGAGUUGUGGAGUGGAAGAAGACAGCGAUUCCGUUAUUCGUGACGACUUUAUAAUCAUUAAACAACAAAUUGAGGACUCCGCCAGGGUUUUGGAAGGUAUUGGGAGAAGUAUAUCGUACGAUCUGGACGGAGAGGACAGUUAUGGGAAAUACCUCAGACGGGAGAUUGUUCAGAUAAACGAGGCUUUUGCGAACGUGGAGAAAUCUCUUGUGGAGCUGGAGGUGAAAUUUAAGCAGAGUCAAGAGACGGAACAGAAAGAGGAGCAUGAAUUUAACAAGAACUUUUUAAAUCCCAUCUACAACGUUAGGAAUACAAUGCAGGAGACGGUGGAUGUCUCCGCCGGACUGAAGGAUAAAUAUGAACUCAUCUCGCUCAUCAUUCGCAGCCACGGCACGCGGUUAAGCAGACUCAAAAACGAGUACCUGCACGCAUAG